UCUAAUAAAUUAAUUAGUCUAGAAAAUGAAGAUCAUUCCAUUGAUGUCCAUCGCCUUGGUUCUACUCUUGACAUCAUUCCCGGAUCCGACGCGCGCUUAUUGCAAAGAAGCACUUCGUUUAUGCAUGGGAACCAUCACGAAUCAUGCUAGCGCCACGUGGAGUAAAUGUUGUGAGAGACUGACAACGCCAGGACCAUGUAUGUGUAAGUACAUUAAAGACCCUGCGCAAAAGAAAGAUGCUCGCCGCCUUGCGGGUUCUUGUGGGCGCUCUAUGCCUAUUAAUGAUCAAUCUCUCAAGAAGCAUUACAAGUGUGGUUAAAAACUACGAAAACCCACAACAAGCGAUCGUCGUCAAACGUUGUUUAUUGGGUUUUUAUUCCUUGUCUCUUUGUAAGCGUUUAAGUUGUUGUUUCUUAGUUUAUGAAACCAUCUCUCCCAAUUUUCACUUUUCCCUUGCUUUUUAGGUAAUUACGAUUUUACACUCUUUUUUGGUCGGUCCUUUGUACUUUCUUCUAUAUAUCUAAAGAAGCGAAAUAAAGUAUUCUAAA